AUGUCCAUCGCCAGUUCUGCUGCAACUUCAGCAGACUGGUCUUCUGCUCGCGUAAUUUCAUCCAAAAAUCCCCGCAAAUUCAACUUCAUCGCAUCAUUCAAAACCAAUUUAUUCUCUUCCAAUCUUCCCACCAGCAGCUACAGUAAUAUCAGAGUUUUCAAUGUAAACUCCACCAAUUUUCCCGUCGUUGAAUUGGACAUAAAAUUACAAAAAUCCCCAGAAGAAUGUCCAGCUCCGUCGCCGGAUGCCGAUGACUUGAACAACUUACUCUGUCGGUUGUUUCAAAACCCUCAAACCGAAGAUUACGCAUAUGAAGAGUACGAGAAAGCGCGAAAGAAGGCCGAAUUCAGACCAAACAAAUCAACAUUGGAGCAGCUGAUAAGGCACUUGAUCCGUUCCAAGAAAUGGGGUUUGUUUACUUUGGUUUGUGAGGAUUUUAAGAAUUAUAAUGUAGUGCCUGAUGGUUAUACUUGCUCUAGAUUGGUCACUAGCUGCAUUAGAGCUAGGAAGUUCAAAAUUGUUAGGACUUUGCUUGAUGUGUUUAGUGAGCAUGGAAAUGAUGUCGCUGUCCCGGCUUUUGAUUCAGCGAUGCGAGGAUAUAAUGAGCUUCAUAUGUUUAAGAGCACGAUUUCCGUGUUUGAACGGAUGGAAUCCGAUGGAAUUGCUGCGAAUUCUGGAUGUUAUUGCCUGAUCAUGGAAGCUUAUUUGAAAAAGGGUGAUUGUAGAAAAGUUGUUGAAUUGUAUGAAGAGCUGAAAAGUAGGGAAUUAGAUUUGGCACCAUUUUCAACUCAAAUAUACGGAAUUUUAUGCGAGUCGCUGUGCAAAUUGGGAAGGCCUUUUGAAGCUCUUGAAACUUUUCGAAGUGUGACGAAGAGUGGAGUUCCUUUAGACUCUUCGAAGAUUUACUCUGUGCUGAUUUGUUCCUUCGCGAGCAUUCGAGAAGUGGAGGUGGCUGAAGAGCUUUUUGAAGAAGGAGAGAGCAAGAAAAUGUUGAAGGAUCCGAAUCCGUUUUUAAGAAUGAUAUCAAUGUAUGUGGAAGAAGGGUUGACGGAGAAGACUCUCGGGGUAGUUAAGGCGAUGAAGGGUGCGAAUAUCAGGGUUUCGGACAAUAUAUGUUGUGCGGUUGUCAGUGGCUUCUCUAGGAAAAACCGGCUCCUGACUGCAGUUAAAGUUUUCGAAGAGUUGGUGUCGAUGGGCUGCCAGCCAGGGCAAGUGACAUAUGCGUCAAUCAUCAAUGUCUAUUGCCGCCUAGGGCUUCACUCGAAAGCAGAAAAGGUUUUUGAGGAGAUGGAGGAAAAGGGGUUUGGUAAAUGUGUUGUGGCUUAUUCUAGCAUGGUUGUCAUGUAUGGGAAAACGGGGAGGCCAAGAGACGCAAUGAGGCUCGUGGCGAAAAUGAAGGAAAGAGGGUGUAAGCCAAACGUAUGGAUAUACAAUUCUUUGAUGGAUAUGCAUGGAAGGGACAAGAAUUUGAGGCAAGUUUCGAAGAUUUGGACGGAAAUGAAGCGAAGGAAGAUAGCGCCGGAUAAGGUAAGCUACACGACGAUUAUAGGUGCUUACAACAAGGCAGGGGAGUACGAAAUGUGUAUGAAAUAUUACCAUGAGUUUAGGGUUCAAGGGGGUGUUUUGGACAAGGCUUUGGCUGGAAUGAUGGUCGCAAUUUUUUCCAAGACGGGCCGGAUUGAUGAACUGGUGAAGCUUUUGAGAGAUAUGAAAGCGGAAGGGGCAGAGUUGGAUGGGAGGUUAUAUCGGUCCGCCUUGAAAGCCUUGACAGAUUCCGGCCUGGAAAUGCAGGUCAAAUGGCUGCAAGGUAGCUUUAAGGUUACGUAG